AUGCCUAAAUACGAACCUGGUUUUAAAAUUCUUUUAGUUGGUUCUUCGUAUACAAAGCCGGAGAAAAUCGAAGAGACCAGAGCAGAAUACAAAAAACAAGUCACUGAAACUGGAGUUGUUGAUGCGAAAACUUUGGAACAAUUGAGUCACGACACCCUUCCGACGUCUGCUUACAAUGCAGUUUACACAAACAAUUUCUCACCUAUAGCGUUUCAACACACACCGAAACAAUUAGUACAACUAGCUUCUGCUCUAAUACCAGGUGGUACCUUGCAUCUCAAAGAACCCAUUCUUCUUUCGUCACAUUCCUCUGCAGGCGGAAUCACGGUUCCUGUCACGAGAACUACCCAAACUCUCAUCAUUGAAUUGAAAUUAGCCGGGUUCGUGGAUUUUGAAGUGAAAAGAGCGGCUAAAGUGGAGCGAGAAGAACUGUCUAAUAUCGUUGAACAUAUUUGGGGGUUUACAGGUGACAAGCGAACUCAGUUGAUUGAUUCGUUGUAUGGACAAUUACACAUUGUGGCAAUUGAUGCAAAGAAACCCGUUUAUGAUGUCGGCGCUUCAUUUGCUUUACCUAGAAAUGCCCGUGAAGCCAAGAGUGCUAAUAGCGGUAAGGCUGCGAUUUGGACUCUUUCUGUUGAUGAUGACGGAGAUGACGAGUUCGGUGAACUUGAAGAUGAAGAUCAAUUGCUAGACGAACAAGAUCUGGUAAAACCAGACAAAAAUUCACUAAUCAGACCUGAUUGUGAGACAAAUGGAAAGAAAAAAGCUUGCAAGGAUUGUACUUGUGGUCUAGCAGAGGAAUUGGAAGUAGAAUCGAAAUUGAAGAAUCCGCCUAUUUCAUCCUGCGGAAGUUGUUACCUCGGUGAUGCUUUCCGUUGUUCGACAUGUCCUUAUAGUGGUAUGCCUGCUUUCAAACCGGGAGAAAAAGUUCUAUUAGCUGGAAACUUGAUGCAAGAUGAUAUAGAGAUUUGA